AAGAGAUUAAGAAGAGCAAAUGCAAUGUUUCCUGAUGAGGAGAAAUUCUUACCUUAUAGAACAAGUUCAUUAUUAUCUUCUACUGCAUUAUACCCUUCAUCAUCAUCGUCAACUUUGUCUAAUAACUUGCCAUCUAUUUCUGAAGCAUUAUUAGGGAACAAGAAUCUACAUGAAUUUGGAUUAAAUCUUUCAAUUGAAUCUAAGAAAAGAAUUGCUACUUGUUUACAAUUAUUAAUGCUUGCAAAUAAACAAUUAUCUUCCAAGAUCCAACAUUUACAAAAUUUAAUCAACAAACAACAAGAGUUUCUACAAAAUAAGAAGAAAAUUCAAAAACAAGAUAAUUAUGAUGAAAAAAUUGAAGAAAAAAUUCAAAAAGAAGAAGAAGAAACAAAUACAACUACUGUUCAAAUUAAACAAGAAAUUGUAACAACAGUGAAGAAAGUUGUUUCAUUAAUUUCAAAAUAUGCAGGAAAUUCAUUACCAGAACCAGCAAGAUCAAAUGUUAGAGAAACUUUAUUAAGAUUACCUACAAAAUGGGCAUGUACAAAUACAACAAAUAUAAUUACCCCAUCAACUACAUCAAUUCCAAGCACUUCAUCAUCAUCUACUUCAUUCUUCAAUACAAGUGGUAAAGUGUUGAUAUUAGCCAAUGAAUCUUUAGAAAUGGUUAGUUCAGUAAUGUCUGUAUUUGAUGAAACUUUAACAAAAGCUGAACUUUGGGUUAAACAAAAACAAGAAAAACAAUUAGCAAAAGCUGCUAUAUUGAAUAAUUUGCAUUA